UCCUUAGUCGACGGGCGACGGCGCAUCAAACCGUUCACUCCGCGGCCGCUCUGAAAAACACCGUCCCGAUACGCUACGCCAUUCCCCCGAAGAUAUUCCCACAGGGGCAUUCUCGUAAUUUUAACAACGCGAGAUUCCCCUUCUCCCCGCCAAUUAUAACUGCCUCCCUCGUAUCCCGCAACAGCAUAUCCUCCUCCCUCUUCAUCAUUGCUAUUCCCGAUCAGCACCCAAUUUAAUUACCAAGCACAAGCAUUAGUCGCAGUAGAGCCCCAAUGGCGACCGCCGACCCUGCCGUGCGGUCGCCUCCUUCGACGUCGUCGAGCAGGAGGAGAAGGAGAAGGAGAAGGAGAAGGAGGAGGAGGAGCUCUCGCCGAUCGAGCAGGUGCGGCUGACGGUGGCGAACACCGACGACCCGUCCCUCCCCGUGUGGACCUUCCGCAUGUGGUCCAUCGGCGUCGUCUCCUGCGCCCUCAUGUCGUUCCUGAACCAGUUCUUCGCCUACCGCACCGAGCCCCUCGUGAUCACGCAGAUCACCGUCCAGGUCGCCUCCCUCCCCGUCGGCCGAUUCCUGGCCAACGUCCUCCCCACUCGCAAGUUCCGCAUCCCGGGGUUCGGCGACCGGCAGUUCUCGCUGAAUCCGGGGCCCUUCAACAUGAAGGAGCACGUCCUCAUCUCCAUCUUCGCCAACGCCGGCUACGCCUUCGGCAACGGCCCGGCCUACGCCGUCGGCAUCAUCGACAUCAUCAGGGCCUUCUACAAGCGCAAGAUCUCGUUCGCCGCCGGUUGGCUUCUCAUCAUCACCACACAGGUGUUGGGUUACGGGUGGGCCGGGUUGAUGAGGAAGUACGUGGUGGAGCCGGCGCACAUGUGGUGGCCGAGUAACCUCGUGCAGGUCUCGCUCUUCCGGGCUUUACACGAGAAAGAAGACCGCCGCAUGUCUCGGGCCAAAUUCUUCGUCAUCGUUCUGAUCUGCAGCUUCUCGUGGUACGUCGUUCCGGGCUACCUCUUCCCGACCAUUACGAGCAUCUCGUGGGUCUGCUGGGCCUGGCCCAAGUCCGUAACGGCGCAACAGCUUGGCUCCGGCAUGAACGGGCUCGGCAUCGGUGCUUUCACCCUCGACUGGAGCACCGUCGCCUCCUACCUCUUCAGCCCGUUAAUCACCCCCUUCUUCGCCAUCGUCAAUAUCUUCGUCGGCUAUCUCUUGAUCCUCUACGUAGUCAUGCCGGUGGCAUACUGGGGGUUCAACCUCUACAAUGCAAAGACUUUCCCAAUUUUCUCCUCGGAUUUGUUCACGGCUGCUGGCCAGCCGUAUGAUAUCAACGCCAUCGUCAACAACAAGUUUGAGAUCGACAUGACUGCGUACGGUAAGCAGGGGAGGAUAAACCUGAGUUUGUUCUUUGCUAUAACCUACGGCCUCGGAUUCGCGACCAUUGCGGCUACGCUAACUCAUGUUGCUUUGUUCUAUGGAAGAGAAAUAUACAAUCGGUACCGAGCUUCGUAUAAUAAAGGAAAAGUGGACAUCCACACGAGGUUAAUGAGGAAGUAUGAAGACAUACCCAGCUGGUGGUUCUAUUUACUGCUGCUGGUGACAGUUGUGAUCUCCCUGAUUCUGUGCACUGUGUUGAAGGACCAAAUUCAACUUCCAUGGUGGGGCCUCCUCUUUGCUUGCGCCAUGGCCUUUGUGUUCACUCUCCCCAUCAGCAUCAUCACUGCAACUACCAACCAGACUCCGGGACUGAAUAUUAUCACAGAAUACUGCAUGGGUCUGAUCCUGCCGGGAAAGCCGAUCGCCAACGUGUGCUUCAAGGUCUACGGUUACAUGAGCAUGGCGCAGGCCGUCGCCUUCCUUUCCGAUUUCAAGCUCGGCCAUUACAUGAAGAUCCCGCCCAAAUCCAUGUUCCUAGUUCAGGCCGUCGGCACGGUGGUCGCCGGUACAAUCAACAUAGGCGUGGCAUGGUGGCUCCUGGGCUCGAUCACCGACAUCUGCCAGAGGGACCUCCUCCCGCCAAACAGCCCGUGGACGUGCCCCAGCGACCGCGUCUUCUUCGACGCGUCCGUCAUCUGGGGCCUGGUGGGCCCGCGCCGCAUCUUCGGCCCGCUGGGCAAUUACGGCGCGCUCAAUUGGUUCUUCCUCGGCGGUGCUGUCGGCCCGGUCAUCGUCUGGGCCUUCCACAGGAUCUUCCCCGCGCAAUCGUGGAUCCCCCUGAUAAACCUCCCCGUGCUUCUUGGUGCAACUGCCAAUAUGCCGCCGGCUACUGCAGUAAACUACACGUCGUGGGCGGCGGUCGGGACGGUGUUCAACUUCUUCGUGUACAGGUACCGGAAGAAGUGGUGGCAGAGGUAUAACUACGUCCUGUCGGCAGGGCUGGACGCGGGGGUGGCGAUGAUGGGGGUGCUGCUCUACUUUGCGGUGACGAUGGAGAACAAGAGCCUCAACUGGUGGGGGACCGCCGGCGAGCACUGCGACCUCGCGACGUGUCCCACGGCCAAAGGGGUCAUUGUGGAUGGCUGCCCGGUCUUCUGAAGGCGUCAGGCUUCAUUUCCGUCUCUUUCUUUGAUCAGCUGUGUAUAAUUCAAUUUUAGGGUGGUGAAACUGGAUUGGAAUUGUUACAGGUUAAAAUCCGCAAACUUCGUUAAAUAAAAACUUUAAUUUAUCAUUUGAUACAGAAAAUGCGAGUAAAAAUUGUAAAAGUGUUCUGCAGCAUUGCUUAGUUUAUCAGAUUUUCUAUAAUAGUUACUGCUUGAUUGAUUGGAGUA